AUGGCACACGCACGCAACACGAGCACACACUCACACUCACAUUCACACUCGCUUUCACACAUUAUGCGCGAGAACAGCCUCCCAGAAGAACCAAUUGGUUUGGCAGCGGAUAGGAUUGAUGAAGGAGCCGGCAACGCACAGACACGCCCCGGAGACGAUUUCAGACUCGCAGGCGCUUUCGAUAUCCCGCCCGUUUACGAGGAGCGCCAUGGGAGGUCGCAUAGCAGGGCUAACUCGGGGGCACACGCCGAGGGACACAGGAGAAGGAGCUGCAGCCAUGGACAUGCCCGCAGUCGUUCGAGGCAUGCAUAUGAGCGCGAUUUGGAGCGUGGACAGGAGGUACAGCAGCAGCAGGAUCAGACACCGGAGCAGAACACACAAAACACUCAAAACACACAAAACACACAAAACACUCACUCCCACAAUACCACACGCAACACCCCCUCCACCCAGCAAACCACCAAACACCUCCCAGAACUCAGCUACCACCCCCACAAGGCUAGACCACAGAUUCCCAAUAGAGCUUCUAGCAACGAACGCCGGCGUAGCCAGCCUAUAGGCCUGGGCUCGGACAGGAUUAAUGAAGGCGGAGACGCGACGGACAACAAAGUCGCCGGCCAUACGUAUUCCUUCUCGACAGACGGGGGAAAAUGA